AUGAAUUUUCCGUCUCCAGCGAGUCCUUGCCUUAGCAACGAUUCAGUGCUUCAGUGUAGGCCCUUCGGUCUUCCUGUCCAAUUUGCACUUUCCCCUGAAUCGUCAACAGAACCAAAUACCUAUGACACAAAAGGUAAGCAGACAUCAUUAGAUCCUGCAAAUCUAUACCAACCAGAUGAUCCUGACAUCGACCCAUACCAAAGAGCUACAUCGCUGCCUUACGAUAAAAUGUUAUUUUCUCUUCCAUCACAAUUAACCACAGGAUCAUUAGACUACUUCUCGGAUACAAUCUACAGCACCGAAACAACGUUUACUAUGAGUGACAGUGCGGUUUUUAUAGACAAAAGCGUGAAUAGUUCGAAAGGACUUCAAGAGUAUCCGUGGCCGGUCAAGCGCGAAGCCGUAGUCGAAGGUGAUUUGGUUAUUGGUGGUCUGAUGAUGGUCCACGAAAGAGAAGAUAGCAUAACAUGCGGACCAAUUAUGCCUCAAGGUGGUAUACAAGCUUUGGAAACUAUGUUGUAUACGAUUGAUCAAAUAAACGCGAAUAAACUGAUAAACAUGAUGGUUUGUUCAUUGCAAUAUUCGCGACUGAACCGGGUUAAACACACAGACGCUUUUAAGAAAACAGCAGAUAGAGACGAAUUUGCAAUGGUUAUAGCCAAACGUUCAUUAGUGAAGAUGCAAUAG